AUGAAGCUCAUAGAAGUCAUGAACCAAAGUACAAUAAAGUAUAAUGUGCACAACCCCAAAUUCGGUGAAGUUCCAGUUACCAUCAGUCUGGUAGACAGGAACGACAAUUUCCCAGAAUUCGCUAACAGUCUGUACGAAGUCCACGUACCAGAAAAUUGUGAAGUUGGAACCACACGCACAAGUGCUUGGGUUCGAGCAUUCGAUGAUGAUUUAGGAAAAUUCGGUACCAGAGGAAUGAGAUACACCAACAUUGCAGGAAGCAUUGACCACAUGUGA